GGUUGAUUCGCGGCCAAGAAUUUACAACUGCGGGCAGCUCGCGCGGUGCCCGAUGCCCCGUAUUUGGGCAUUCCCGCGGUCGUGAAAUGCCCGACAGUUGGUCAUCGAGUUGUGGGCCUGGGCUCGUUAUUGCUCUCGGCCUCUAUGAUGGAAAAACAGUGUGAGUUCACACCAUCUACUUACAUAGUAUCCUAAGUUGUAUUCGAGACGUCUGCCCUCGAGGCUCUGAGUCUAUGCUGAUCAGAAUCAAACUCUAGCUGGUUUCUUGACGUGGGCGCUUCAAUCUUUCUGCUGAUUGGUUGCCAUUGGUCGUGGCGUUCCCGUGUUUGCAAUCAACAACCAAGAUGGCGUCGGCGGCGCUCAGCCUUGUCUGCAACCAGUGUGGUUCACAGCUGAAGAAUAUGAAGGAGGCCCAGUCUCAUGCAGACGCCACAGGACAUUCAGAUUUUGCGGAAAGUACCGAAGCGGUCCUUCAGCUGGUGUGCAGUGAUUGCGGGAAGCCGUGCCGGUCCAAGACUGAACAGGAUCUGCACACACAGCGGACAGGCCACUCCCAGUUCCAUGACAAGACCGCGGAGGCGGCAAAGCCGAUGGAUACUGAGAAGCAGAUGCAGCAGAUCAGGGAGGAGGAGAAGGCGGCGGAGAUGCCGUCAACGUCAAUGGAGAUUGACGGGGCUGCAGCAGAAGAGAUGGUGGUACCCCAAGUCGACGCUGCUGCGCUUCAGGAGCUUCAGGACAUGGGCUUUGGGAUUGAACGGGCAACCCGGGCGCUGCACUUCUCAGGCGGUAGCGUCGAGAGCGCCAUCAACUGGGUCGUGGAGCACGAAAACGAUGCUAACAUUGACGAGAUGCCAAAAAUUCCCAAGUCUCAGGACAAGAAGCCGCUCUCAAAAGAAGAGGCCAAACGCAAGGCGGCAGAGCUGGCGGAGAAGGCGAAACGGAAGCGCGAGGAAGAGGAGCGUGCGCGCGAGCGUGAGCGGGAGAAGGAGCGGGUUCGAGCGGGGAAAGAGCUGCUGGAGGCCAAGCGGAUCGAGGAGGCGCAGGAGAGGAAGAGGAUCAUCGAGUUGAAGCGUCAGGAGAAGUUGGAGGAGCAGCGCGCGAGGGAGAAGAUCAAGGCGAGGCUCGAGGAAGAUAAGGCGGAGCGGCGGCGGAAAAUGGGUCUGCCCCCGAAGGAUCCUGAGGAGGAAAAGAAGAAAGAGGAAGAGAAGAAAGAGGAAGUCAAGAAGCCGUUCGUUCCGAUGCGUCCGGCCUCAAAAGCGGAACAGAUGCGGAACGUGCUUCGAACCAUGAAGCAGCAGCACAAAGACCAGGACGAACGGGUGAAGAAAGCGUUCCAAACACUGCUGACGUACAUUGGGAACGUGGCGCGGGCGCCCGACGAGGAAAAGUACCGGACUAUUCGGCUCACUAACGCAGCUUUCCAGGAUCGCGUGGGUUCGCUCGGGGGCGUUCCUUUUCUCGAGCUCCUUGGCUUUGAAAAAGACGCUGCUGGCGAGACGAUCAAGCUCGAUCGGAGUAAAGUAGACCAGACGCUACUAAACGCAGCCGGGAGUGAACUGAAUACUGCUAUUACCAAUCCUUUCUUCGGAGUACUCUAGUAAUCAGAACGUUUUUAGGAACUUGAUAUUGGAAUGUGAAGGAAGCGAACUCGCACACACGCCAGUAUAUAUCAGGGAUCGACACGAUCCCUGUCAUACACGUCCUUUUCAUUUGAGUUACCGUUUGUUGCUUUCGAUCUGGG